AUGUGGGAGGACAAUAGAAAGGAGAACUGGGAUGUGCUUCUCACACCACUGCGUACCAAUGAUGCCAAGGGAAACAUGGUCAUAAUCACAACAAGAAAAUCAUCUGUAGCAAGAAUGACAGGAGCAAGACACAACAUCAACCUACACGGUUUGAAGGAUGAGGAGUUUUGGCCUUUGUUCAAAGAAUGCGCCUUUGGGGACAAAAACCAUAAAGGGCAUUUGAAACUGCAGGAAAUCGGGCGAAAGAUAGCUGACAAGCUCAAGGGUUAUCCUUUGGCAGCAAAAAGUGUAGGCAAACUAUUGAGCAGGAGGCUGGACGAUGGGUACUGGACUAGAAUUUUGGAUAACAGUGAAUGGAAGGACCAAAAAGGUGAUGAUGAUGUCAUACCAGCGUUGAAGAUCAGUUACAACUAUCUACCAAGGCACCUCCAGAAAUGCUUCUCGUACUGUUCCAUAUUUCCAAAGAAUCAGAGGUACCAUGUACAGUGGCUAGUUAACAUUUGGAUUGCCCAGGGUUUUAUACCUUUGGCCGACCAGCAUACACAAGCAGAGGAGACUGGAAGAAGAUAUCUAGCAGACUUGAUCGAUUGGGGAUUUUUCCUAAGUGAACCUCCAAGACCAUCUUUACUCAUGCAUGAUCUAGUCCAUGAUUUAGCCCAGAUAGUUUCAUCUCAUGAAUCCUUCACCAUAGAAGAGUUGAAGCCUCCAGGUGAUUUGAACUUCAUUCGUCAUGUCACUGUAAUCACCGAGUCAGCAUAUUAUGGGCAAUUCGAUGGCACCGUCCUACCGAAUAAUGAGUACUUCAUGCAAGAAUUCGCCAACACCUUCUGCACACUGCCAAAAAAGGACCUAAGAACAUUGAUGCUGUUUGGUGCACACGACUCGAGUUUUGCCAGAACAUUUCAUCACGAGCUGGGUAAUCAGAUAAGAGCGGUUCGUGUAUUGAACAUGGAAGUGGUAUAUCCGGACCUGAACAUGUUGAUACCCAAUAUCUCGGCGUUUAUCAAUCUCCGGUAUCUCUGGCUACGCUCCUUUUACAGAGGCCUUAAAUUGCAGCUGCCAGAGGCUAUAUGUAAGCUGUACCAGUUACAAGUCCUAGAUAUUAAGGACUUCAAUCCUGAGACAGUUGUGCCGAAAGGCCUGCACAAACUGCGCAACUUGCGACAUUUUUUUGCCAGAGAGCAGCUACACGCAAAGAUAGCCAGUGUUGGAGAUCUGGUUUUCCUUCAGGAGCUUAUGGCGUUUCACGUCAGAAAGGAGCAUGAGUUCGGCAUCGCACAGCUGGAGAAGUUGAAUGAAAUAAGAGGAUCAAUUAGCAUCUACAAUCUUCAGAUCAUAGAAAGCAAGGAAGAUGCCAGCAAGGCUAGGCUCAGUGACAAACAAUACCUGACUAGUUUGCGGCUGUCAUGGGAUGAUAUGCCAACAUCCUUGCGCAAACUCAAGAUCAUAGAUGUCCUUGAGCCUCCCAUGUGCCUUGAGAAACUCCACAUAGAAGGAUACAAUGGUUCUGCUCCGUCAUGGCUGGGUAGCACUGCUGUCUCUCUUACUUCCUUGCAGUCAUUACAUCUUGAGAAAUGCAAAUUCUGGUCUACCCUUCCAUCCGUCGACGAGUUGCCUCUCCUCCGAGAACUCCAUCUGAUUAAUAUGUGUCGCCUCGACAAGAUACCACUAGGCCGUGGUUUGAAGGUGUUAGAACUGUGUAACAUUCCAAGCCUGAAGCGAUUUGUUGAGAUCAAAAGUGACCAGCCAUACGAGAACCUUGAAGUCAUUGAACUGAAUGAAUGCAACUCUCUAGAGAAUUUGCCGUUCCAGCUGUGCUCUUCUGGCACACGAGCUGAGCAUCUGUUCCCCAAACUUCGCCGGGUUCAGAUAUGCGACUGCAUCAAGACUAAGUUGCCUCCCUUUCCCAUUGCGGAUGCCACAACCGAUAUAGAUGUAUGGAAUGCAUGUUUGGACUAUAUGUCGUUUCAACUUAGCCCUGCAGCAGAUGAUGAGAGUAGGCUACGCGUCAAAUUGGAGGGGCAUAGAGUAGGAGAAAUGGAAAUUUUAGACGAAACAAUAUUGAGAUUCAGCAAACUGAAGGACCUGCAAGAACUGGACAUUCGAUUGUUUCCAGAGGUGAGAUACCUGUCAUGGGAGGGACUCCAACAAAUGACAGCUUUGAAAAAAUUUAAAAUGGCAAAAUGCCCCAAACUGUUUUCAAGCAGUCCGAAACUUGUUCUGCCGGUGUCAGUUGAAGAGAUGGAGUUUGAUGGAUGUGAUAUUACAGGGAAACAGCUAUCCAAUUUGAUGUCAAGCCUGCCAUUCCUUAAAAUCGUCAAGGUACAAUACUGCGAAGGGAUAAAAUGCUUAUCUGUGGGAAUGCUCGUUGAUGCACACAGCACGAUGGAAGAAGGUUUGUGGGAUAUCCCUCCAAGCAGUUUGGUCACCCAAGAGAAAUUAGAUAUAUCAUUGUCAGACAUCCAGUUUUGUAGCAAGAAUGGUCUCGGAGAGUUGGGCUCUCUUAAGGGCAUUGUCAUAUGGAAGUGUCCUAUGCUUCUCUUUUCCAUGGUUUCAGAAGCAGCAUCAAUGGUACCGGGUCCUAGCCUCCUCCCACCAUCACUUUUGAAGCUCGACAUUACUGACAUGGUUGAUGGGCUAUUGGCACGCUCAAAGUUGGCCUCUCUCGCUGAAUUAUGCAUUGGCACAAGUCGGCUUUUGAUUUCUCUUGAUGUGUGUUCAUGUACAGCAUUACAAAAGCUCAAAAUCGAAGAGUGUGACCAGUUACAAUCAAUUGAAGGUUUACAGAGCCUCACCUUGCUAACCAAGCUGGAAAUCUUAAGCUGCUCAAAACUAACAUCAGUGCAACUGAAUCUCUGCACAUCGUUGGAGAAACUGAAUAUUGACGGAUGUGAUGCAUUAUGUACACUUGAAGGCUCAGGUUCUCUAACCUCCCUGAAAGAAGUGUGGAUAUCAACAAAUCCAGUUCUAUCGUACGUGGAGCUGCAUUCCUGCUGGGCAUUGGAGAAUCUCUGCAUUACAAAGUGUCCUGCGCUGGCAAAAUGGCAGGGUUUCAGGUCACUCACUGGUAUCAGGUCCUUGCAAGUUUCUGAAUCCCCUGGGUUCAUAUCGGCCUGGAAAUCAGCUGCAGAAGAGAUGAUGAGCGAGGGUCACUACAGUUUCUCAAUGCCACUUGAAUGCCUGGAAAUUGAUGACAUUGAAGUUCUUUCCAUGCCGAUAUGCAGACAGAUAACAUCUCUGGAGAGCCUAAAAAUCCGUGGUGUUCUUUACACUGCAGGGUCCGACAAAGUGGACAUGUUGUUGGAGCAUCACGAGCAGGCGCUGCAGCUCCUAACAUCCUUGAAGGAGGUGACAUUGUCGCAUUUUAAACAUCUGGAGUCAUUACCCUCGAAGAUUCAUGCCUUGCAGUUACUGCAAAGACUGACUAUCUCUAAAUGCCCAUGCCUGGAGUCAUUACCCUUGAAGAUCCAUGCCUUGCCGUUACUUCAAAGACUGACUAUCGAUGAAUGUCCAUGUCUGACUUCACUCCCGGAGGAAGGCCUGCCGCGUUCACUGGUGGAGAUGGAUCUUAUUUAUGGCACGGUAGAGUUAGAUGCACUUUGCAGGAGUAUCUGGAAAGAUGCACACUUCCGUCUGUAUAUCAAUAAAGUUGAGCAUCUGGGCGCUCCCGUGCCUCAUAGCGUAGAGGCGCAGCUAGAAUAG